CUUCGACAGCUCCCCGGAAUUGACGAUAAACCGUAUGCUGUUUGUGGACCAGAGGACGCUGUACGUGACUGCGUCCGCUUACGCUUGGUUGAGCGAGGGCACCACUGAUCCCCUGCUCGCUGAUGCUCCGGUGAUCGCAAGUCGCAUGGCGUCCUUGAUGUGGCGGAAGGUUGAAAAAUGGGACGGCUGGUCUGGAAGUACUCGGAACGCGCUGCAUUCUUUUCGGGAAUGUGCGGUGAGGGUAGAGGACCUACUCAAGUACGCCAAACACGACCUUCUUGCGGUGACCAUGGGCAUGCGCAUAGCCGCGCUGGCCGCGACCGCAAGUUCUCGUGCCGGGGACAUCGCGAGGACUCAGUGGUUCCGGAUGAAGAGCGCCUGGAGCCUGUCCCGCAUGUCUGAAGCGCAGUUCUUCUACGCCCGCUAUGCCUUCUUUCGGUGCAGCCCAGACAACCCCCGGGGUUCGGUGGUGGGGCCCAUCGUCCACGACCCCGACUUUGCUACUGCGUUCCGGUGCCAGCCGAGGAGCAAAGACCGGAACACGAGUUACUGCGUCGAUGUCACCGCCACACGCAGCGCUUUUUGAUGGCAGUCUUGGCGAGUCUGGCAUUAGCUAUCUUGUGAACGCGUUAAGCAAUCGUACAGCUGGCAAUAUCCCGCAAGGCAGUUUCACUUAAAAUGAUUUGCACGUAGGCCGUAGUUAAAGAACGGCGCACAUGUUAUCGCCUUCUCGUGGUGUUUUAUCGAGAGGCCGCGCAAGCAGAUCUGAAUCCUCUCGACCAGUAAACAAUUCGUGUUCAAAGCUGUUCCCAAAACUGACUGUAUUUGUUUCUGUUUCAAUUCUUUUUAUAUCCGUGCGUCGGUGCGGCAAAAUGAAAUAACUUUUUGUUGCCUUGGUUGUAUCUUGAAGGCUGCUGUGGUGCCUAUGUACUUGAUAUCAAUCAUUCCUUUGCCCCCG